AUGGCCAAAAAAGCUGACGACAGAAAAAACUUUUCAACCCACUUCAUUGCCGGUGGUGGUGCCGGUUUUACGGAAGCAUUAUGUUGUCAUCCUUUGGAUACUGUAAAAGUUAGAAUGCAGCUAAGCCAAAGAAGCGUGAGACCGGGAUUUCUCACUGUCGCUGUAAAAAUUAUAAAAGCGGAGUCACCACUAGGAUUAUACAAAGGUCUUGGAGCUGUAUUAACAGGAAUUGUACCAAAAAUGGCAAUUCGAUUUUCUAGUUUCGAAUUCUAUAAAGGUUUAAUGAAAAACAAAAAUACGGGCCAAGUUUCAACCACGGCCACAUUUUUUGCUGGGCUUGGCGCUGGCACUACAGAGGCUAUUCUUGUUGUGACGCCAAUGGAUGUCAUCAAGAUUCGGCUACAGGCACAAUGUCAUUCCAUGACGGAUCCAUUAGAUAUUCCCAAGUAUCGUAAUGCGGCACACGCAGCUUAUACUAUUGUAAAAGAAGAGGGAGUACGAGCUUUGUAUAAAGGUGUAGCUUUGACUGCGCUUAGACAAGCUACAAAUCAAGCUGUUAAUUUUACUGUAUAUCAAGAAAUGAAAAAACGAAUGAAAACGAUACAAGGAACCAAAGAAGGACAAGAAUUACCUGUCUAUCAACAUUUAUUGAUGGGCGGUAUCAGUGGUGCCAUGGGUCCCAUUGCUAAUGCUCCUAUUGAUACCAUAAAAACACGUAUCCAACGAUCUUCCAGCACCGAAAAGGGUUGGUCAAGACUUGUAUCAGUAACAAGUAAUCUUAUUAAAAAAGAAGGUUGGCUUGCUUUAUAUAAAGGCUUGCUUCCUCGUUUGAUGCGUGUAGGUGUAGGUCAAGCUGUUACUUUUGCCUCUUAUGAACGAAUUAAAAUUUAUCUUGAUUUAUUCACCGAAAAGGUGAAGAAUAGAGAAAAAUUAAUAGAAUAUUUUCAUGGGGGUUCAAAGUAA